AUGGCUAACGAUAAUCUCCAUCUCGGAAUUCUUAUCAUUCCUACUGGCGCAUUUUUUGGACAUCAUAGUACACCAAAUGGAAUUUCUAUUGUUAAGAAUGAUUCGGUCAGCGCUCUAUAUACUAAAAUUCGGGAUAACUACUUGCAUGAGUACAGAAAUGCUUCUUUUAAUCUCCGUGCAGUCAAUAUUGAACGUAAAGAAUAUGUGUAUAUGGAACCUGAAAAAAAAAUUAAUGUUUAUAAUCGUCUAACUACACAUCAUAUCACAGACAGUACAC